AUGUCCUCAGAGUGUUCACUUGAGGUGGAACAGUGUAUUGCCAGGGAAAAAAAAACAAACCUGAAAUGGAAGACCGCAGACUCCCUAUUAGUGUUCGCCUUAUAGGAGUGAUGCACAAGGAGAAGAGCAAGCUCUACAUGACCUCCGUUCUUUGGUCAGAUCAAAACGAGAUCAUCGUCUACAGAACACUUGAGGAAUUCAAAGCAUUGCAUAUUCAACUUAAGAAGAAAUGCGCAGCUUCAAAUGUAGGUCCUUUUCAAAGGUCAAUAAAGAUUGUUCCCAAGUUUAAAGCUGAGAAGGUAAAGAGAGGCCUGCAGAACAAGAGCUACAGUAAGUCCCUCCUGAGGCUGAAGCCACUGGAAGAGUACUGCACGGCACUACUGAGAGCUCAUCCUUCUGCCUCUCAAAGCUCAGAGCUUAUCCAAUUUCUGCUUCCCAGGCCAGAUGAUCUGAGACCAGAAUUUUCCCAGAACAGCAUUAUGGUCAUGCCGUCAGAAGAGUCUCUGGGCAGAAGCAGUAACCUAAACUCAGAUGCUGGUGUAACCCAGCCAUUCGUGACCCAGAUGUACCGAUGCAUCGCUCCCUAUGAGACUAAGGACACAAAGAACCGUCCUUUCAAGGUUGAGGUGGGAGAAGCUGUGGAUGUGCUCAUCAAGGACAAAGCAGGCUGGUGGUUGGUGGAGAAUGAAGCUAAAUGCAUCGCCUGGUUUCCUGCUCCAUACCUGGAGAACGCUGAGGCAGACGAUGAGGCCGAUGAUCAAGAAGUUGGAGAAAGUGCUCUAUGUGUUGCCACCAAAAGUUACAAAUCCACAAAAACAGACGAACUGUCUGUGGAGAUUGGAUCCGUGGUUGAGGUUGUACGAAAAUCGAAUGAUGGAUGGUGGUUAGUUAGGUACAACUGCAGGACUGGUUACAUCCCUUCCAUGUACCUGCAACCAUACAUUAAUCCACGGGUGCAUAUAAUUAGCACCCAGAGGGGGCUUCAAAGUUCUUCCCUAAACUUGGCUCAGCUUCAGGUCCCUGCUAGCUCUUCUCUGAUGAUCCCGGGACAUGAGCUCAGCCGUUCACAGUGCAACCUCCUGCAGCUUCCAGGAGACAACUUGAGUCUCAGUGACAAGGCCAAAUCACAAUCGCUGAAUGUUCUCACAGAUGUUGACCACUUGCCACCCACCAUUGAAGUGGAGCCUGUGGAGGACAGCAGGGCCAGGAGCUUGAGCGGCAGCAGUGAAGAAAGCUUUAGCGACAGUGCCAGCUCCUCAAGCAGUGGGUCCUUCCGUGUGAGCAGCCCCGAGGACAUCCGGCGGUGUAGCACGCUCCAGUCCGACCACCUGAAUCCCACCAAUGGCAAGCUCUUCCCCAGCACCUCUGAGCCAAAUGUGUUCAAGUUGCCCAGCACACCCAAAAUUCCCCCCAGGCCUCAGGCGCAAGAGAUCCUCAAACGCUGCACCACUGUGACACGUAAAAACAUCUCCAGGGUGUGUUCUCCACUUGGGGACAUCCACAGCCGCUGAACACAACUAUGAAAUGUUGCUCUUUUCACUAUUCCAGCUAGAUGUGGGUAACCAGACAUGUGCAAUCAUGGAUGCUUAGUUGCAUGUGACACGCAGGAUUCAGUUUAGUGUUCCAUGUAGAGGUCAGUGUCCAGUGAAGAAUAGCCAUAAAAUGUUCUUUUGUUUUUCUGAUUGAACAUAGAUAAUACAGUGCCUUCCUUUUGCUUCAUUCAUAAAUCUAGGCAUAAAGUCUCUGAAGGGCAACUGCAAUCUGCUUAAUCAUGCAUAUCAUAUAUUUUAUUGUAGAUCACUUGUACUAGAAUCACUGACACAAGGUUAAGGGUUCUUUGGUUGUCCCUCUUAAAGCACAGGGUUCUCAAACUUCAGCCUAAAUCCCCCUUAGUGGAUAAUAAGUGUCUAAUACCUCUCAAUCAAACUAACAAACAAACAAAAAACUUUCUCCAUAGUCUGCACGUACACGACUUGUAGUCCUAAAACCAACUUGUUAAGGAAGCUGGAGGCUGUGCAUUGUGAUUCGCUGGCACAUGUUUCAUUUUAAUAGUGCUACUCUUUUUAAACAAAUGCCACUCUUUUAGGCUGAAGUUGUUAUAAUAAACUGACAGAAUGAAUAGCAACCAAGUUUGAGACCUGCUGCCUUGGAGGUUCUAUGUAGAACCCUAUCAAACUGAUUACACAGUGAAUGAAAUGUGCAAUCUCUGUCUCUGUUAUAGAUUAUAGAGAUAUAUAUUUUUUUCUCUAUGGUUUGUAAUGAAAUGUUAUAAAAAUGGCAUACUGAAAAUCUCUUCCAUACUGGAAAUCCAAUGUAGUGCAUCGUAUAUGCAGUAUUUAUUGUACUUGUCACUGUAGUGAGACAUCACAUGAUUGAUCUUGCAUAUCAAUGUAUUUGUAUAUGAUUAAACCUAACCAUUUAUAUUAUUAUUAUGUAGAAUGCUUCUGUGAAAUGUACACCAAGCUGAGCUUUCAUUGUAAAAUGAAGGGUGAAGUAAAAUCUGUUGUCUCAUCAUCUUAUUCUCUCUUAAAGCCUGUACUUUUUUUAUACAAAAAAUUUAUUGUUGAGAAUUACAUUUUCCUAACAUUUUGGUUUUCUCCCAUUGUGUGUAUGUACAAUAAAAAUCAAAUAAACAUAAUAUACAACUAA